AUGAAAAUCACGGAUUUAGGGCCCCGAAAUGGCAGUCAUCCGCGAACAUUCAUUACGUUGCUUUUCGGCACCGUGUUGGGGUUCAUGUUUGCUACGUUCAUCUCAUCCACAACGAUGCGACAACCGUGGAUGCCGGAAAGCUAUCGUCAACGGGAACCCCCCUCGAUCGUGUGUGAUCCACACACAGGCAAUGAGUUGAGGGAAGCAGCCGGCCCGGAACAAGAUGUCGGUCAGCAUGCAGCCCACGAAGAAGCCCAUGCCCAUGAGAAUGCUUCGCUUGCGCACCAGUUACAGCAAGAGGUGCGCGUCCUAUGUUGGGUGAUGACCAAUCCAAAAAAUCACAAAACGAAAGCAUUACACGUCAAACGCACGUGGGCUGGUCGAUGUAAUAAGGUGCUUUUCAUGAGUUCGGUUGAAGAUCCCCUUAUAGACUCCGUUGCUCUGCCCGUGGGUGAAGGUCGGAAUUAUCUUUGGGCGAAAACGAAAGAAGCAUUUAAGUACAUCUAUCAGCAUCACCUGGAUGAUGCGGAUUGGUUCAUGAAAGCAGACGAUGAUACCUACGUGGUCGUGGAAAAUUUGCGGUACAUGCUUUAUUCGUACUCGCCGAGCCAUCCAAUUUAUUUUGGGUACCGGUUUAAACGCUUCGUGAAGCAAGGUUAUAUGUCCGGAGGUGCAGGCUAUGUGUUGAGCAAAGAAGCAGUAAAGCGCUUUGUUGAGGAAGCCAUCCCUAAUCCCGCCUGUUGGCAAGGCGAUGACGGUGCCGAAGACGUCGAGAUGGGUAAGUGCCUGGAGGCUGUUAAAGUGCUAGCAGGUGAUUCUAGAGACUCGGUUGAACGAGGAAGAUUUUUUCCAUCCGUGCCUGAGCAUCAUCUUAUCCCGAAUCAUGUGGACAAAGACUUUUGGUAUCUGAAGUACACCUUCUACAAACCCGAUGAGGUAUGA